AUGGCUCCGACUAAGAAAGAAAAGCCAGAAAUGAGUGCUUUCGAGCGCCGCAGAAUCGAAAAUAUUGCCGCGAAUCAAGCAAUGUUGAAAGAUCUUAGCACGACAGCACAGAAAAUUAUCCCAAAACCGCCACCGAAACCCAAAUCCACAGUACCUACAAAGAGAGCAGCCCCAAUAAAAAAAGAAGCCCCUAGACCAACGCGCACAAGUUCACGUCUGGCAGGUAUCCAAGCCGAUAGCGAGACUGCGAAACGUAAAACAGAGGUCGAAUACGACUUUGCAAAGGAAGUCUCACAAGCUAAGAGGCAGCGAGUUGCUGGAGACUUGAAUUUUGGCGAUAUUGUUGUCGAAGGAAAGAAAUGGAAAAAGGAAGAUGGGUUUUUAUCUGGUAUCAUGCGUGGAGCCCAGCCCAACUUGAGAACCUUUACCGAAGAUGAUAUCAAAGAGACAACAGAUGAAGGACUUAAAGACCUGAGAGAGAAAAUGAGCGGAUUAGAACUUUACAAGCCAUUCGUGCCUAACCAAAUUAAAAUUACUCCUGAACGAAUAUACGCUCUAGGGUUUCAUCCAACAACAGACAAGCCUCUAAUAUUCGCUGGGGACAAACUGGGGAAUGUUGGGCUAUUUGAUGCAUCACAAGGAGGUUCGGAAGUAAAAGCUGAAGAUGACGACGACGAUGAAGAGGACCCGGAUACCAUAGAGCCAGCUAUUACUGCAUUUAAGAUACAUUCUAGGUCAAUCUCAUCUUUUGUGUUUGGUGCAGACGGGAACACACUCUAUUCAGGUUCAUAUGAUUCCUCAAUUCGAAAACUCGAUCUACAGAAAGGAGUUGCUGUUGAGGUAUUCGCCCCGGAAUCGCUAGAUGAAGAUGUUCCUAUAUCUAGCAUCGACAUACCAUCCAAUGAUCCUAAUAUUUUAUGCUUCUCUACUCUCGACGGUCGAUUUGGACGACAUGAUAUGCGUACGCCAUCCAAUAAUGAUAUUUGGUACCUUUCGGACAAAAAGAUAGGUGGAUUUUCUCUACAUCCAUUGCAUCCCCAUCUUGUGGCUACAGCGUCAUUAGAUAGGAUGCUCAAGAUCUGGGAUCUACGGAAAAUAACAGGGACAGGUGACUCGCGAUCUCCAAUUUUGCUCGGCGAGCAUCAGUCGAAGCUUUCCGUAUCCCACGCUUCAUGGUCCCCUGCUGGCCACGUUGCAACCUCUUCAUAUGAUGACACUAUCAAGAUUCAUUCUUUUCUCGAUGCCGGUUCUUUUAAAGCAGGACAUUCACUUGAUGAUGCGGCAAUGAAACCUACAACUAUUAUCAAACACAACAACCAAAGUGGACGUUGGGUAACUAUCUUGAAACCCCAUUGGCAGGAACAGCCAGGAGAUGGAAUUCAGAAAUUCGUGAUUGGAAAUAUGAAUCGAUUCUGUGAUGUUUAUUCGGCCGAAGGGGAACAAUUAGCACAACUAGGAGGUGAUGGUCUCAUAACAGCAGUUCCAGCAGUUGCCAAAUUUCACCCUGUGGAAGAUUGGGUCGCAGGUGGCACUGCGAGCGGAAAGUUGUGUCUUUGGAUGUAA